AUGUCAUCUGAUGAAUUAGAUGUGUAAAAAAAUAAAUUAAGAGAACAAGUUAUUCAUACUGAGACUCUUAAUAUGAUGGCAAAAUAUUAGUUAGUAUUCUUAAAGAUGGAAAUAUCAAUAAGAAAGUUAGCCUUGAUAAUAAAAUUAAAAGGAAACCAGUAGAAGUUUUACGCAUUUAGAAAACUAAAGCAAUCUAAUAAAUACAGUGCUAAUCAUUUUAAAGUACUCUUUACAUAGAUUGCAUUAAAAUAUAAGUAAGUUGGAGCGAUUAUUCAAAAAAAAUAAAAAAGGAAUUUGCAUUUUGCAUUCCUGAAGGUUCGCCUUCAGUUUUCUAGAAACAAAAAUGAUAAAAUAAGGAAAUCCUUUUUGUAGGUGAUCGCUUCUAAAGAGACAGAGAUUAAAAAUCUGUAAAUCAAGGAGUAGGAAAUAAUGGAGAAUAUAACAAAUUAAAAACUAAAAGAACAGGAUCUUCUAUAGAAAAUAAAACAAAAAGAAUUAAUAGUGACAUCUUUAGAAAAUGAGUUAAGGAGAAAUUCAGCCAAUAAAACGAUUGAUUCAAAAGUAAAUCUACUUAAUAUUGAAGUUAAGAAAUAUUGA